CCCCCCGCUACGAGACGGUCGGCCCACGCCGACUGGGCUAUCCAACUCACUGCACGACGUGCGUACUCAAAUAAACAUGGAAGUUGAAGCUUUCCAGAGACUCGACCCAGAAAAUUUCUACAGGAGAUUUGUGAAGAAUGGGGUCAGGCCAGACGGAAGGGAGCUCCGUGCAGUGAGACCAAUUUCUGUGGAUGUUGGGGUGCUCUCGGAGGAACGGGUGCAGGCGUCCGCCUUGGUCGGCCUUGGAUCCACCAACGUGCUCGCUGGGAUAUCGCUGCAAGUCGGUCACCCCAGCGAGAACACACCAAUGUGUGGAAUGCUUGAUGUGGAGGUCAAGCUGACCCCCUUGUCUUCGUCCAAGUUCAGUUCAGGGCGGCCAUCGGAGCAGGCGCAAGUAUUGUCGACUUUUGUGAAGAACUCCAUCGUCGAGUCGGGAGCGCUUGUGUUGACAGAUCUCGCCAUCGACGACGGCCCUUUUGCGUGGAAGCUGUGCAUGGACAUCGUCUGCUUGAGUUUUGACGGGAAUCUGGCAGACGCUACGCUGAUUGCAGCUAUGGGAGCUCUCAUGCGCCUGCAACUCCCAGGAACCCGUCGCAUCGACGAUGAGAUUUUCGUCACGGAGGACACACCAACCCCCUUGGUGGUGCGGGAAGUUCCAGUGCCGUUGACGUGCGGUGUGUUCGACGGGAUUAUCAUUGCGGAUCCCUCCUUACUGGAGGAGGAACUUUUGACAACGCACGUGACUGUGGUAUCAACUGCGGAGGGGAAGGUGUGCGGGGUUCACAAACCUGGAGGUAGCUGUGCAUCAGGGAAACAGCUCAAUGAAUGUCUCCAGCUCUGCCAGCAACAUGCGAAGCAAUUGACACAGACCCUUGAGGCUGCCAAUCGGAUACAGUCGUGAUCAGUCGCGUCACACCUGGACAGAGAAGGGGUUCGAAGGUGGUGGCACUGGCGUGGUUGUUGCGGCCGACUUUUACUUGAUGCGGAAUUGGUUGAUGUUUCGGUGUUUUCUUCAAAUGCAGCAACGACUCAUGUUGAUUUGCCGGUGACAGGAAGUUGUACAGUGGGGACCUGCCGUGGGGGGAAGGCAACUCUGUAAAAUCGUCGAUCUCUUACCAAGAAUCGUUUGUCUUACGAUGGAAUGCGUGUGUCCAUGCACGUAGUGUCCGCAUGCAUUCGAUGCUGGAACGUUGUUAGUCGAUAAGAUCUCAUUGGUACUUGAAGAAACCAUGUUUUCUGUAUAUCACACUUCGCCCAAAGCUCGUCAUGGGGUAUGCACAAGUUUGCAAGUUUGAUAUCGAAAGCAACCCAGCCACCCGGCAGCGCCACAGCAAUCAGAGCUGUUAUUUUCGACCUUUGAGUGGUUUUAGUGCGAACUGCAUGGAUAGUGUGCUUUCGCCAAGAGUGGCCACGAACGCAGAAUGGAGCGAACAAUACGAAAGGGUUUGCGGUUUCCCGGCCGGCGUCGUCAAAACCAGAC